AUGAACCGGAGUAACCAUUACGUCAAAAGAUCAUAUGCACUAAAUUUUUUACGGAAAAAUAUUUUACACACGAAUAAGAUUAAUCAUAGUUCUUUUAGUUACCAUGGGAACGGCAAGGGAGAGCAUAUACUCCAGAAAUGUUAUGCUAAGUUUUUGGAGGAAAGAAGAAGGCUGAAAUUUGUACUAUGUAAAAGUACGAACGUUUACAACUUUCUGUUGCCCCAAAAAAGUGGUUCUCCAUUGAGGUGGUACUCUGAGAAGAAGAAAAGAGACAACAAUAAAUACAAAACGAGAAAAAGAAAAAGAAAUUUUUUCAAUUUUGUAAAAAUUAGUAACCCCUUGAAUUUUAUAAAAAAAAUAAUAUUGUCCUUUUUACUUAUUUUUGGAAUAAAUAAUUAUGUUAUCGACAUGACGCUGACCAGUGGAUCUAGUAUGUGUCCAUUAAUAAAUAAAGACGGAGUCAUCUUAUUCUAUGUGUGUGAUGACACAGUAAGGUUUAUUCACAAAGCCCGCACCAUCCUUCUGUACAGUUGUAUAAACCUACUCCUUCGUUGUUACGCUUUAAUUGGGUCAAACUUUGAGCAAGCCUAUAUUGUCCUUUUAAAUAAUAAAAUUCUUAGCGUAGUAGAAAAGUUAAAAAAAACAAUGACAGCAAAUAAACAUGUGUAUAGAAGAGGCGAUGUCAUAUUGUUAACUUCUCCUGUGAAUGAGAAAAAAAGAGUUUGUAAAAGGAUUAUUGCUAUAGGGAAUGAUAAAUUAUACGUUGAUAAUAUAAAUGCCUUUGUCCACGUUCCCACGGAUAACAUAUGGGUAGAAGGGGAUAACAAAAUGGAUUCUUUUGACAGCCGAAAUUACGGAUUUGUUCAUAUGGAUUUAAUAAUUGGCAGAGUCAUUUUCUUGCUCGAUCCCUUUAUCGACUUUCGUUUUAUUAGUAACAAAACGCGUUGA